AUGGAGGAUCACAAGGCCACGACCACCACCGACGGCGAAUCGUCGAGGAGCUCGCCAAAGUUAUUAGCUGCCGCUGAUCGGAAAUUACUUAAGGUUGAACUCAGGCGAGGAGACACGACGUACGUCUCGUGGAAGAAGCUUAUGAAGGAGGCCACCAAGAGCUUUGGUUCAUCUGCGGCGCCCGACCCGGUUCCUAACGAUGUUAACCCUAAUCUUGAACCGGGGCCACAGGCAGAAUGUGAAACGGUCGACCAACCUCAUUCUAAUCGUUUUAACGCUGUUAUUGAGAAGAUCGAGAGGCUCUACAUGGGGAGAGAUAGUAGUGAUGGGGAAGAACUAGAUGGUGCUCCUGACGAUGACGAGUAUGACACUGAAGAUUCAUUCAUUGAUGACGUUGAAUUGGUCAGUGUCAUUGAACCGUCAACAACAACAACGUCGAACCAGAAACCAAAGAAAAGGCAAAGGAAAGAGUCAGCAAAACCUUGCGGCGAUGUUGUUGAUGUAUCCAGAAAACAAGCCAAGAUAGCUAAGACGGAUGGUGGAAAGGAUCAAUCAGCUGUUUCUGGGCCCUCUCUGAAGAAAAAGUCCAAUGAUUCAAAGACAGUGCAGGAUUCAGUUUCUCCUUUGAAACAGCAAAGUGGCAAUGACUCCUUAUUUUUGGAAAAUGUGAAGCAUAGUGAUAAACCAAAUCUGCUAAGAAAAGCACUAAGUCCAAGUCCGAAGUCAAAGUCAGCUGAAUCUUCUGGCGCCCUUCAUACGAAGUACAGCAACAAAGGUGCUCAUCAGCAAUCUAAUUCACUGCCAGGGAAAUCUCGGCCAGAUGUUUUGUCUAAAACAGUAGUCCGCCAGAAGGAAAACACUGGCAUGCAAGACCUGGACAAUGCAACAGUAAGCAGACAAUCUAUUCAAACAACAAGAAAAGGCGGUUCUAAUCCCAGGUCUAAAACCUCAACACUUGAGAAAGCCUUCAGGGAAUUGGAAAAGGUGGUCGCUGAAUCAAGGCCUCCUACUGCCCCUGAGAAUCAAGAAGCUGAUACCUCAUCCCAAGCGGUGAAGAGGAGAUUGCCAGGAGACGUUAAAUCGAAGCUUGCUAAAGUUGCUAGGAUUGCGCAAGCGAGCCAAGGGAAUGUAUCAGGAGAGUUAAUCAACCGUCUCAUGAGCAUAGUUGGUCAUCUAAUACAAGUUAGAUCGCUGAAGAGAAACUUGAAAAUCAUGAUUGAUUCCGGAGACUCUGCAAAUCGAGAAAAAGAUAACAAAUUUCAACGUAUCAAGAAUGAAGUUAUUGAGAUGUUAAAAACACAAGUUCCAUUGAUGGAAUCCCAGGCAACCAAUCAAGAAGCUGGAACAUCAGACGAUUUUCAGGAUGUUGGCCCACCUACCAAGAAGAAGUUUGUCAUGAAUGCAGCGAUGGAGGACAAAUUAUGUGACCUAUAUGACAUCUUCGUUGAUGGAUUGGAUGAAGAUUCAGGUCCACAUAUCAGAAAGCUUUAUGCAAAUUUAGCUGAACUCUGGCCAAAUCGGUUAAUGGACAAUCAUGGGAUCAAGCGUGCCAUUUGCCGGGCAAAGGAAAGGCAGAGAGCAUUGUAUGAGAAUCAUGGCAAGGAGACGGGUCAAGGGAAGAUGACGAAGAGGAAACAGACGCUACCAAAACCAGAGGGUACUACUACUUAUCCCGAGAAGGCUUCAAGUGUUGGAGAUAAAACAACAGGUGUUGUUGUUGUCUCAAGCGCAACCACCACGUCCUUAGUCCACACUCAACCAACAGUGGACAAAUCAAAGCAGCAACAUGAGAAAAUAAAGGGAUCCUCAAGCUCUUCAGCAGAAGCAAAAGCAGCCAGAAGAAAGACAGAAAAAACUAUUGAAGAAUCUCACCUGCCCACAGAGAAAGAUAUUGUUCUGGCUUUGAAGCAGCAGAAACAGGCUCCCCCGGACCUGAACCUGCCAAGUUAA